AUCAAACAUGUCAGCUCCCUGAAGUGGGAGUGAAGCACGUGAUGCCUAGGCAGUCAGGGCUGACCACCCUAUGAGUUAGCCAGCCAUAAUUCCUCAGCCUCGUCAUCAUUGGGCUCAUUACAGCCAUGGGAUCUUCUCCAUCAUGCAAGGGACAGCAAAGAAAAAGAAGUCUCAGUUCAAGAUGGAAAGCAUGAAGUCCAUUAGUAGAGUUUUUGAAUUGGUGGAAGCGAAAGUAAGCAGCAAGAUCUCUGCCAGCCUUGCUACCUGGCAAUUAGAAGAACUGAAGGUGAAAGCUGCAACACAUGGUGAAGUGCAUGGGACAAACGUAUUGACAGUGAGAGGAACUCUGAAGAACCUCAUUGAGCUUGAGGUUCUCAUCUGUGAGUACUUAUCUCAGAUUGUUGGCCUUGAGGAUGCUCCAAAGUCAACAGUCUCACAAUAUCUACAAGAUAGAAUGGAAAUGGAAGAUCAGGUUGUGGAAACCAAAGAUUCUCCCAUGGAAGUGUUACCUUUGAUAAUUGAUCAGCAUGGACAAAUGCCAAGAAGAAAUGUCAAACUUCCUCUUGCCUUGAGAGAAGACUAUUGCAUGGAUGAAAGGGAAAAUGAGGUGGAAGGCAAAGGUUCCAUGAGAGCUGCAAAACAGAGAUAUGAAGAGCGUGUCUCCAGUCGAUUUUUAUGUCAUCUCUGUUCCUUCAAGACAGGAAGACAGAGUCAUCUGGAGAAGCACCUAAAACUCCACCUGGUGAGCAGGAAUUUGAAUCACAACCAUGGUGGUGAUGGCCACUCUGCACUUCUCCUUCAAAGAUAUCCAGGAUUUUCUCAAGGAAGUCUGAAAUAUGAGAGGAAGGAAGGCUACUGUGGACAUUCCCGACAUGUCCAUAUGGGCAGUCUCUUGGAAGUGGAAGUGGGAGGUGGAGGGGAGGAGUGUGAAUAUGUGGGAAAGGAGAGGAGGCACUUGAGUCGACAUGAACAGACUGCACAUAGUGAGAAUCGUUCCUUUCUCUGUUCAACGUGUGGGAAAAGCUUCAAGCGAUCUGACACAUUGGCACAGCAUAUCGCUCUUCAUGAAGGGUCCAUCCGCUGUUCUGAGUGUGGGAAACCCUGUAGAUCAAAGCAACAACUUUCUGAACAUAAGGUGACACAUCACAGUACCAAGAUGUACCUAUGUGAACAAUGUGGGAAGACAUUUAAACGCAGCACAACUCGGAUGCGUCACCUGCGCCAGGUUCAUCUCCAUCCUGGCUCACAUUCCUGCCCCAUAUGUGGCAUGACUUUCAACUCUCCAUUUUCCUUGAAGCGCCAUAAAACCUCCCAUGAAGCAAAGGAAUCCAUGCUGUCACAAGCACUCUCUACUGCCAGGAACUCAAGUACUGGUAUGGGUACUCACACCAUUCCAGGAUCAUUGGGAUGUGAGGAAGUUGGAGGAGGAGUAGAAGAACUCAGGCCAACAUUUGAAUCUCUUGUGUCUUAUGAACAACCAGCCCGAUUGUUUGUUCUCCCGUGUUGACUAUGAGCAUUUCCUAUCAUGUUUAUGCUAAGAGAGAUUCUUUGCACUUAUGCAGGAGAUAUUUUGAUUGUACAUGAAAUGUGUACACUUUAGUAGGUAACAAGUGCCAUUUUCUGUUGAAGUUAUCCAAUUGUUGGAAACCAAAAAAUGUUCAGGUCAUAUACAGAUUAAUAAAAACCUUUUGUAUCUUCAA